AUGAGUUCAAUAAAGUCUCGUGGUCGACCAACAGCCACGCAAAUACUUGAACCAUCAACAACAACAACACUGAUUUCAAAUAUUGCGACAACAAUCAACACGAAUUCUAAUCUCUUGCAACAGCAAUACGUACCAUCUUUGCUGAAAAUUGAAUCAGUCGUGCCAACGAGAUUGAAUGUGAGUCGAGGUCAUCAACAAAGAACAACUCGCUUAAUUACGCGCAGUUACAGCACACUUUGUGGUCCCACAAUUUCAACACCAACAGCAGCAUCAAAUCCCACUUCUUUAGCGUUUGUUAAUGGAACGAUUAACUACAAAAAUGGUACAAAAAAGAUAAAUUCAAAUUUGAAUCGCCAUAAGAACCACUAUCAACGGUUAGAUAAUGGGUUUGAUAAUGACAGCCCCACGGGGAAAGUUCAUAAUCAACAGGCGAAUGAUACAAGUUGUAUAGUUGUUGAAAAAGGAGUUUACAAAGUAAGAAGAACAACGAAAGAGAAAGAAAAACAGCCUGAUCGAAUUAAUCUUGACCGCCGCGGUCUGUGUAUGAUUCCGGUGAUAGAUAAUGAGCCAAGUUUACGACUUCUUUCACUUCAGCAUAACUUAAUAAACACUUUUCAUAUACCUUCUGAUGAGCCUUGUUCAAGCUCAAUUAUUGAUGGUGCCAAAGAUAGCAACAAUAACAACGUGCCGUCUAAGGAAAUGGAAAAGUCAAAUGGGAACAAUCAAUUAUCAAGUUGUGUAAUUAAUAGCAAGCCAAUGAAGUCAUUUCUAAAGCAAAAAUCUGUAUCACGCAAUCAAUUAAACUUGAAUUUUAGUGCCAAUAACAAUAAUAAUAAUAAUAAUGUUAAUAAUGCAACAACAUUAGGAAAUGGUGUUGCAAAGCCAAACGGAGCCCACACACCUACACCGUUUCUACAAAAGUCUUUAAUGUUGCAAUCAAAAAACGGUCUUUUAAAGCGUGCUAACAGUGUAAUGAUCAACUGUUCACCUAAUCAAACAUCUACAACAGUUCAAUCCUCAAUAUUCUUCCAAACACAAAAAAAUAAAUUAGUAACAACGCCGUCCUUCAGCAUGACUGACACCCACACGCAUCACGAAACGACGAAUGUCAGCGUCACGCCACGAACUAUGACUCCUGAAAUUCAAGUUGAUGCCAAAAUAAAUAGUUUUCGUUUCAAUCUUACCAACUUGGUAUUUCUAGAUUUGUAUAACAAUCAAAUCGAAAAAAUAUCCAACCUUGAUGGCUUAAAAAGCCUUACGGUGCUUUUACUUGGCAAGAACCGCAUUUCUGAUAUAUCUGGUAUCACAUCAUUGAAGCAAACAUUACGAGUUCUUGACCUUCAUGGAAAUCGUAUAACUCAUAUAACGCAGAAAAUUAACCAACUUCAAGAGUUGAAGUCUUUAAAUCUGGCAGGAAAUUUGCUACGCCAAAUACAGCCAAACGAUUUUUCUGGCCUGUGCUGUCUCAAAGAACUCAAUUUGAAACGAAAUCGUAUCAAAAAGAUUAAUGUUUCAGAUGAUUUGCACAAUUUAGAACGGUACGCGUAUAUUUAUGUAAUUUCUGUUUUUAUUUAA